GAUUUCUAGGGUGUGGAUGUGGGGGCUUUUACGGCUGAAGCCAAGACGGCGAACGGGAGACCGGCAUAGCAUUCGGCAGGGCAGUUCGGACCGAGGCGGGAUUAGGUAUCGGCCGUAGUUCGUUACAGCUCACCGCUCACUAACAACCGACCCACACCUCAUUGCCGCAGCACCACCCCGCAACAUGUCGUUCCAGCCGCCACCACCACCGCCGAAGCCCACCUCUCGCACGAACACCCCCGAACAGGCCGCCUACGAGCUCCCGUCGCUGCCAACAACCCCCUUCGUUCCCGACCUCCUCCAAACCAAAUCCCACUCAGACCUACAAUACCUCUCGCACUCCCCCGCGCUUCUCUCGAGCCUUUUCACGGCGACGCAUCCCGCCUCACGCGAGCACACCGCGGCACUCACCACCGCGCUCACCGCCAACAUCUCACUUGCGCAAACCCUCACCACGACGGAAGCGGCGCUCGCGGCGCAGCGCGAAGCUACGCAACAAAAACUUGUCGAAACCCGCGCGCAAGAAGAGAAGUGGCGCGAGGUCGAGAAGGAGAUGUACCAGUCCCUCCAGCCGUUCUCAGAGGUAGGUCUGCAUGCGCGGCUUCGUGCCGCGGUCGCAGAGGGGGAGAGGGAGUGUGAUGCGCUUGCGGAGGAUUUCUUGGAGGGCGCCGGUGAGGUUGAGGCGUGGGUUAGGGAGUAUAGGGAGAAAAGGAAGGGGGUUGCGCUCAGGAGGGAGCGGGCCGGGAGGUGGGCGGAGGGCCGCGUGGGUGGGUGGAGGUAGAGCGGGUUCUCGGGAUUUCGUCGCUCCCGAGAGCCUUCCCCCACUUACCACUGUGUCAUACCUAUCUAUCGUUGACACCAGAUCAUCCUCGCGGGGGAAUUAUGGCUCCGGGUUUGUUCGUAAAAUAUUUUCGUGCGGAACAACAUCCCAUGACUCCCGAACAGUCAUCACAUUAUAAUGGGAUGUCCGCAGAUACCAGAUA